AUGGAGGUUCCAUGGCAGAAUUGGUUCUCGGAUCUGGAUAUGGAUGAGACCAAUUUCUUCAAUAAUCAAUGGCACAAGCCUUAUAACUCUUUUGAUGAUGAGGAUGAUGAGUUUCUUAAGGAGAUCUUUCACCAACCUUCUUUCUCUUCCGAGAGUGACAGUACUCACUCUUCCUCUAUUCAAAACACCGCCGUCACUGCCGCAUCAGAUGGUGGUGGUGGUGGUGGUGCCGCUGCCGCCGCUGUUACAACACCCAUCGUUAGCAGCUUAUCGUUGGACAACGAUUCCGGCGCCGGCCAGCUGAAGCGGCCUAACAACUCGAGCUCAACCCUCUCGAAACUUGGUAGCUUCUCGGACAAACCAGUAGCCUCAUCGGCCCCGUCAACUUAUAUUCUGUCCUUCGAUAACUCAACAGUUCUCCCGGCCACCUCCGACGGUGGUCACCGGAAACACGAAUCGGCGAUCAAGAGUCGUAAUCAAGAGAAAUUAGAGAGUAGUAUUACAGGUGGUGGAGGAGGAGGAGGAGGGGGAGGAGGCACGCGCGCUUCCCAAAAACGAACCCUAGAAAACCAAAAUAGUGAUCAGCCAAGAGCUAAUCAAGGGACAAAGAAGACUAGAAGUUCAUCCGAGACACUGGAUCACAUAAUGGCUGAGAGAAAAAGGAGACAAGAACUCACUGAGAAGUUCAUUGCACUCUCAGCGACAAUCCCUGGUUUGAAGAAGAUUGACAAGGCUUCAAUACUAAGCGAAGCCAUAAUUCACGUGAAGCAACUUCAAGAGAGAGUGAAAGAGUUAGAAGAACAGAACAAGAAGAUGAGUAGCUUGGAGUCCUCAGUGUCAAGGUACAUGAUGAAGAAUAAGAAGACAUCGUCGUCGUCGUCGAGCCAGCUCUAUAAUAAUUAUAAUAAUAAUGCUGAAGACAUUCAAGAGACAACCUCCUGUGAAAUGAGCUCCGAUAAUUACUUCAGAAUUUGUGAAACCCUUCCUGAAGUUGAAGCAAGAGUUUUACACAGACAAGUCCUCAUCAGAAUCCACUGUGAGAAUAAAAAAGGCGUCACCCUUAACUUGUUGGCUCAGCUCCACAAUCUUCAUUUCUCCAUAAUCAGUCACAGUGUGUUGCCGUUUGGAAAUUCCACUCUUGAUAUUACCAUUAUUGCUGAGGUCGAUGAGGAACGCAGCAUUCCAGUGAAGGAACUUGUGAAAAAGCUGAGAAAGACACUGUUGAAGACAGUUGAGUGA